CAAUAUUAUUAUUUUUUUCUUCUCACAAACGUUUUCAGUCAGUCAGUCAGUAGGGUUUCGCUACAGUCCUCUCUCCUCUGUUCAUUAUCACAUUCGCUUGUUUGCGGUGAUGAUUGUCAUUUAUUAUAAAAUUAAUAAUUAAUCUAUGAACAAUAAUAAAUAAAAGUGUAAUUGUGGAAAAUUUUUAAUUCCUGUGGUGCACCAGAACUUGAAAAAUAAAACAAAAAAGUGAAUCAUUAAUUAAAUUAAUCGCGUUAACCGACUAAGUUAAAACUCGGUGAAGGUUUAUUUUAUUUCGUGAAAUGUACUAUCAAAGCAAUUUGACAGGUUAAAUUUGCAAUUUUCUUGUCAGAACCGCCUCAAUGUCGGGCAAAUAAAGAGUGUCAUUAAAAAAAAAAAAAAAAAAAAAGUCGUGUGCAAACUUCAAUGAAAAAGGAAGGCUCUAUAGAAUGAGUGGAUAGGGUGCCUUUUGUGUACGAACUCAAUUCAAAUAUGUUUAUGUUCGUUUUUGAUAAGAAUGACAAUUGGCUUUGGAAAGAAAGAAACUAUUAAAAAUUGAUUUAAAUUAGUCGUUUUGAAUAUAAAGGCGAAUAACGAGCGCCCAAUGCGAGUUUAUAAUUCAUUUGAGAUACACCACAUAUGUGAUGUGGAGCAAGAAGUGCGAGAUCGUCAAAAUUCCGGUUAGUGAACUGUGAAAGCUUGAACAAAAAUAAUGAAAUAAAAAAUAAUAACAACAAUAUAUAAAGAAAAGAAACGUGUAUGUACUCGAGAGUCUAUGCGAUUUGUGAAUUGUGUGUCUUGAUAUCUCAUCAAUUGAGUGCCAAUUAAUUUCACUAUAAUUGAGGAUAAAUAUUUGAGAAAAAAAAAACAUAUCAUACAAGUAAAUAGAGAAGGCAAAUAUAUAGCUAUACACAACAGAGUUGAAAAUCUUUUUGAACUGAAUACAUAAAUCAACAUUAUAGGAGGAAAUGCGUUUAGAUGGACGAAUAUUAAUCAUCAAACAGUCGCUGUUCUACAACUUUCAUGUAUCACAUUUGCAGACAUUACGAUAAAGUUUCAUUAGAAGAAAGUUAAGCGACAGUCGGAAGGAAGUGAAAAGGACACUAAGCUUUAAACAGAAAUUGUCGCUGCAAUCUUCAUCAAUCAAAUUGUUGGAGUGAAGAACGUGUUCCGGAAGUUGCAAGGUCGUGAAACUGAUAUCAAAAAGUGGAAAGUGCAUAUUUUACAGAAACAGGAAGAGAACAAGAAAUUCCAUAAAUUUUGUUGAAACGCACGAAUGUUCCACGUUGAAGAAGAGGUUAACGUUGAUGUUGAGCUAUUAGCCGAAUGUGGACAAAUAGCACAACGUCUUCGUAGUCUCGAGCAGGCGUGGCGUAUUGACUUGAAGGAUCUCCAAAAGAAAAGUUUAUGUAAUUUUGGCAAACCACCACUUGCGACAACAAUUUCGUUAACACAUAAAUUGAAUGAUAUUUGGGAUAUUAAUGAGAAUACAACGGGUGCUGAAGAUAGUCCAGAUUUAAUUAACCAUUUAAGAUAUUUAGAAGAAACAGUCAUAAAAAUUCAUCAUCAACAGGAACUGUUAAGACAUACGACAGAGCAUCAUAAUAGAAUCGCAAACGCGGCACAUAAAAAAGUUUAUUAUAGUAAAAGUAAUAUGAAUUAUUCAGCAUCAUCGGGGAAUAAUAGUAAGAAUAAUAAUAUCAAUAACAACGGCAGUAAUGACCUUACGACAUCACCACAAGCUACAUCAGCUUCAAUGGCUAUUCAUGAGCAUGUCAAUACAAAUACUAAAAAUGAGUCAAAUAAUGUAAGCACUACCACGGUAUUAUUAAGCAGCAGAGACAAUAAGAAAAAAAUAUUUACUGUCGACGAUGACGAAAGCACGGAUGAUGAUGAUAAAGACCAAAGUAAAACAACAAAAGUAAAGCUAACAACAACUCAUAGCAAUAAACAGUCGCAAAAUAUUUAUCACCAGCACCAGCAGCAACAGCAACAGUUGAGCGGUAGAAUAACAAAUGAUGACUUGAAAUUGCUACUGCGAGAAUUGAAGCGGAAGGUUGACUAUACCGAGAAAAUGAAUUGGUUAUGUUUGUCAAAUCGACCAAAACCUCCGCCAUAUCGAAAGAGCAGCCUACCAAAGCAUAGCUACGUCAAAACAAAAUUUUUGGAAAUUUGUCACACGACACUGUCAGACGAUGUGAAGGCUGCAUUGCGACUGCCAUCAUUUGAUUCAUACGAUUGGGAAGACUACGAGAUUCUACAUUUAAUGGAAACGAUGUUUUAUGAAUUGAAUUUUAUUGAGAAGUUUCACAUAUCAUCGACGCGAUUACGUGAAUGGCUGUAUGAAGUCUAUAAACAUUAUAAUGAUGUUCCUUUUCAUAAUUUUCGGCAUUGCUUUUGUGUCUCACAGAUGAUGUAUGCGAUUACGUGGCAAACAAAUUUAAUGAGUCGUCUAGGCGACAUGGAUUGCUUUAUACUUUUGGUUUCAUGCAUUUGCCAUGAUUUGGACCAUCCAGGCUAUAACAAUGUUUAUCAAAUAAAUGCAAAAACGGAACUCGCCUUGAGGUACAAUGACAUUUCACCAUUGGAAAAUCAUCAUUGCUCGAUUGCCUUUCGGUUGCUUGAAUAUCCGGACUGUGAUGUGCUAGAAAAUGUCACCAAAGACAUGUACAAGGAAGUACGUGAAGGCAUCAUAAGAUGUAUAUUGGCUACUGAUAUGGCGCGACAUAAUGAGAUACUGACACAAUUUCGUGAAAUUAUUCCUAUUUUUGAUUAUAGUAAUAAUUCACAUAAAAAUUUGCUUUGUAUGGUGCUAAUAAAGGUCGCUGAUAUUUCAAAUGAAGCUCGACCAAUGGAAGUCGCUGAACCGUGGCUUGAUCGUCUCUUACAAGAAUUUUUUGCACAGAGUGCUGCUGAGAAAUUAGAAGGCUUGCCUGUAACUCCAUUCAUGGAUCCCGACAAAGUGAGUAAGCCGGGAAGUCAAGUGCGAUUUAUAGGACUGGUGCUAUUGCCUCUAUUCGAAGCACUCGGAGAAUUAUUACCGGAACUUGUUGAUUUUAUCGUCAUACCAGUACGUGUGGCAUUGGAUUUCUAUAAACGAUUAAAUGAUGCCCAACAGAGAAACCGAAAGUCGCUGGUCGAAAAUGAAGGUUCAUCUGAUGGCGGUGAUGAAAUUAUUCCACGAUCUCAUUCUGGUAUUAGUGUACGGUCACGUCGUAGUAUUCCAUCACAAAAGUCAGCAUCGAGAAAUUCAGUUGAUGAGGAGCCAAUGUUGAUUGCUGCUGAACUUCACGAUCUUCCAGAGGGUAGCGAAAGUGGAGAUUCUGAGACUGCAACAGAAGUUGAUGUCGCUGAGAAGACAUCUAAAUUCAAGGUGGACACAGAAAGUCGUAAUAAAUUCAAUAUGCAAAUGGUGCAUCGCAAAGGUCAUCAUCGUGACAAGCGUCCAUCGAUGGUUAGUGAAAUAGCGGGUCGAAUGCGAGGAUCUUACGGUAACAUCUUACAAAAUAAUUACAAUUCACGCACAACUACAUUCGGUUCAAACCGUGCGAUUAGUCUAGAUCAUUAUAGUAAUCAUCGUCGUAUGUCUGAUGGAAUACAAACUGUUACGUCCGAUUCCACUGUCUAUUAUCAUCAACGCUUACAUGAUCAAGAUAUUUUAAUUCGUCAAGCGGCUGGUACGAAAAUGAGUUCAAGCUCUCAAGGCUCUAGUGACGUUAAGCUACUUGUUAGUGAAGAACCUAUGGUGGCAGCAGCAUCCACAGGUAAUAAUUCAGCAAUUUCAUCUAAAAUUCAUACACCAACAAUGAUGGCUGCUACUGAUAUUAGUGAUACAAACAGGGUACAAUCAUCAAAUAUUAAUAAUAAUAAUAAUAAUAACAAUAAUGAAAGUAGUAAUAAUAAGAAUAAUAGCAACAGCAACAACAACCACAAUAAUAAUAAUAAUAGUAAUAAUAAUCUUAGUAAUAGUAGUAAACCAGUAAAGUCGAAAUUGAGCAGUAGCGUAAAUUGUAGUAGUAGCCCUAAAUCAAUUAUUACACGCUUGAGACAAUUAACAGGACGACUUUCGUUCUCAUUUGAUAAAGAAUCGCGUAGAAUGAGUAGUGGAACGCCACAAACAAUUAUCAAUAAGACAUCCCCGAUGAGUUCAGUGAACUCAUCAUCAAAGAAUAACAACAUGAUGCCAAAUAUAUGCUGUAAUACGAAAGGUGCUGCUACUGAUGUGACGUCAAGAAAUCGUGCUUAUAGCCUCGAUGUGCCAGCCACACGAUAUAAUUAUAAUAGCAGCGCUGGAAGUAGCUAUAAUGGCAGUCACAAGAGUCUUUCAUCGAAUCGAAAUGAUGAGGCUGACGAUUCAACAGAUAAUAAUAGCGUAUUUGCAUCAAAAAAGAUGAGUGCCGAUGUGGAACCGAUGGACAUAUGACAACACAGGUUAGAUCCUGCAAUUGACAAUGUUACGGUUAAAGUUGACAUUGCAGGCGAUGAGACUGAAACAUAUUGGACAACAAUUUCUUAUCUUUUGCGACGAUUUGUGUGCAAAUGCUGUGAAAAAGAACAACAAGUGCCAACUGCAAGCGUUUAAGGACAACAAUUAUGAUGAAAACAUUAUUAUAUGAAGGAACAAUGAUAAAACAACAAAAAAAUAUAUAUUUAAUUAAAUUAAAAUUUUAUUCUUCUAUUAGCCAAAAUUUAAUAAUUAAAAUAAUAAAAGAGAUAAAAGCGAUUCAUCCCCUCCUUUGAAGAUAGAGAAAGUAAUUAAAAUAUAAAUGAUAUACAUGUAUAUGAACAUAAUGAAACUGAUUAUACAUAGUUGUAGGGUUUUAUGGAAGAAGAAAUUGAUGAUUUUGCAGAAAUAAAUUUAUAUUAUUGAGGUUGGGGACCUUCUUGCCAGGAUUAAUAAUACAAAUAGUAAAUUGAAAAUAUUGACGGACUGAUAAACAGAAAGAUAGACAGACUGAUUGAUUAUUUGCUGGAUAGGGACACUAAAAGGUCAUUCGGAUUUAUUAAUGACUGAAUACUGACAGACAAGAAUACUGUCAUAGAGUUCAGAUGAUUAAAGGAUCGAUGGACACAAGGGCAGACUGACUAAAAGGGUUGAUUGAAUGAGAUUAAAUGUACCAUCGAACAUACAAAUGGACUGACAGCUAGAAGAAAAAUAGACUGUCAAUCAUUUCAAGGACGUUAAUGUCGUUUACAGUUUAGAAAAACUCCCUGAAACAUUGCAUAUAUUUAAAAGUCAUUUCAAUUUUCCCUGACCAUAAAACCCUACAAAAACACAAUCACAAUAUACAGCCACAUAGAAACACAAAGUUGAUAAAUUUAAUUCUAUUUAAUGUUUGUAAAAAUGACGAAAAAAAAAUGUUUUAACACAAAAUGUGCUCUAAAAAAGUUUUCUCUCUCAAAAAAAGAUUUUAUGAAAGGAAAAGGAAAUGUGAUUUUUCAUUCGAAGCUGGAUGAUUAGAUGAUGGAGAAUAUAAGUAGUUAGAUUUGUAAUAAAAUUUGCUACUUUUUGGUGGCUAGAAGAGCUUUUUCAUGUUUAGAGAGUAUUGCUAGAUUGAAUUUAUGUUUGAAUUGACACUAGUGUGUCCUGAGAGCAUCUAUAGCGUGCUGACUACGUUUUGAGGUAAAUUAAGUUUACGGAUUCUUUAAAAUAUUAACAAAGUUUCAUAGAAAUUAAAAUCUUAUAGCCCCCCCCCCC